AGUGAAGUGAAUGCCUUAUAUAUUAGGCAUCCAGUAUCAUUCCCGUGAUCUCGACAUCCCACCAAAACAGACUUGACUUCCUUCUUUCCUUACCCGACCGACCCUGUACAUACUUUGAUAUACAGCAUAUAGAAGCACAUAGGCUGGCUUAGGCCGUCUCCCUCUUAUCUCUCUCUUUCUCUCUCUCAGACACACAGCCAGAAUGCCCUUCACACACCACAGCCAUUCGGGCCAGUUCUGCCCCGGCCACGCCAAGAACUCGCUCGAAGAAGUGAUCGAGACCGCAAUCGCGAAGAAGAUGCAGCUCUUCUGUCUGACGGAGCACAUGCCGCGGCACGAGCAAGAUUUCUAUCCGGAAGAGAUUGAAGGCGGAGAUACAGAAGCCGGCCUGGUUGCAAACGAGGCUGCGUUCUUCGCCGAGGCGUCGAGGCUACGAGACAAGUAUGCGGACCGGAUCCGGAUCCUGAUCGGGUUCGAGAUCGACUGGAUCCGCCCGGAGUCGCUGGCGCUGAUCCAGGCGUCGCUGGCGCGUCUGCCGUUUGAGUUUUUCGUCGGCUCGGUGCACCAUGUGCACACCGUCCCGAUCGACUACGACCGUGAGAUGUAUCUCAAGGCGCGGGAGAUCGCAGGCGGCACCGACGAGCGCCUGUUCGAAGACUACUUCGACAACCAGCUGGACAUGCUACAGAAGCUCCGGCCCUUGGUUGUCGGGCACCUCGAUCUCAUCCGCUUGAAGAGCGACGACCCCGAACGCAGCUUUACCCUGUGGCCCGGCGUGUGGCAGAAGAUUUGCCGCAAUGUUGACUACAUCGUUCAAUACGGCGGCCUUGUCGAGCUCAACUCUGCGGCGCUGCGCAAGGGGAUGAGCGAGCCGUAUCCGAAGGCGGAAAUUUGCAAGGUUCGAAAGGAAAUCCUUGCUCGAGGAGGCCGUUUUUGUUUGUCUGAUGAUAGCCACGGAGUGGACCAGGUAGGGCUGAACUUCCACCGUGUCGUCGAUUUUCUGGACACGGUGGGCAUCAAGACGCUGCAUCACUUGCAGCUGGCAGAUGCAACCUCCCAGUCGGCAGUUAUUGAUUCUCGAUUUCCCCGGACGGAAAUCUGCUCGACCUCUGUCGAAGAGCUGCGGAAAAUGGCCUUUUUCACUGCGUCUGCCUGA